AAUGCCAGCAAUGGCUGACCCAACAAAGAUGCUUCACUAUCCGACAUCCCCAGCUGAUUCAUAAUCCUCGCUUCUUCAAUUUCAAUCACUGUUGUUUUUUAUCAAUGCCUCUCAUUUAUUUUUCACUUUCCCCUCUCUCUUGCACCGCCAUAACAACAACCCUUCUCUUUACUGGGUCGAUACAGAUUCCAAUAAGCUCGAUUUUCGCUUCCGUUUCACUUAUUUUGAGAUGGGUUUUAUGUUUUUGGGUAAUUUUGAUAUUCUUUUCCCCCUUUAAUGGCGGAUUCUUCCUGUUUUUCUAGCUGAAAUUACUGUGUUAUGUUGUUUUUGAACUUCCCCUGAGCUGAAAAGGGUAUUUAACCAUCUCCCCCUUUGUGAUUCCUAGUGGAUUUCACUUUUACCUCUAAAGAUUCUUUUCCACUUUCUUGUUCUUUCUUUUGGGUCAUCUGGAAAUGAUGAACAGCAAAAUGGGUUGCUGUUUCUUGCACGGCUCCGUUGGUUUGCUUUCGUUGAUAUCUAUGGUUUGUUCUGUGGUAGCCAUAGGUGCCAACUGGGGUACUCAGUCGUCUCAUCCACUGCCUCCAGAGACAGUCGUUGGGAUGCUAAGGGAUAAUCAGAUUCAGAAAGUGAAGCUAUUUGAUGCUGAUUAUGGAACUCUUAGAGCUUUGGGGAAAACUGGGAUUGAAGUAAUGGUUGGGAUUCCUAAUGAUAUGCUAUCCACUUUAGCAAACAGUGAAAAAGCAGCUGAGAAAUGGGUUUCUAAGAAUGUCUCUGUUCAUAUUUCCGACAACAAUGUGAACAUCAGGUAUGUUGCUGUAGGGAAUGAGCCUUUCUUGUCCACUUACAAUGGAAGCUUUCUUAGUACAACCUUCCCUGCUCUGCAGAACAUCCAGAGAGCCUUACUAAAAGCUAAUCUAGGAAACCAAGUAAAGGUAACCGUUCCGCUAAACGCCGAUGUCUACGAAAGCUCAACUACGUUUCCAUCGGGCGGCAACUUCCGAGCUGAUAUACACGAUUUGAUGCUCGCCAUUGUCAAGUUUUUGAGCGAUACCGGUUCUCCAUUCACCGUGAACAUUUACCCCUUCAUCAGUCUUUAUUCCACCCCCAACUUCCCUGUUGAAUAUGCUUUCUUUGAUGGCAAUGCAUCACCCUUAGUCGAUGGCCAGACAUCGUAUUUCAACAUGUUCGAUGCAAAUUACGACACCCUUGUGUGGGCGCUUCAAAAGAAUGGCUUUGGAAACUUACCGAUCAUAGUUGGGGAGAUCGGUUGGCCAACAGACGGGGAUCGGAAUGCCAACCCCAUCUACGCUCAACGGUUCAAUCAAGGCUUCAUGUCACACAUAUUAGGCGGGAAAGGAACACCAAUGAGGCCAGGUCCAAUUGAUGCCUACUUAUUCAGUCUUAUUGAUGAAGACUCAAAGAGCAUUGAUCCGGGAAACUUCGAACGUCAUUGGGGCGUAUUCUACUACGACGGUCAACCAAAAUAUCAGCUCAGCCUUGGAAAUUCGAACAAUGGACCAUUGGUCGGAGCCAAAGGCGUGCGGUAUUUGGAACGAAAAUGGUGUGUGAUGAAGCCAUCUGCUCACCUUGAAGAUUCACAGGUUGCGCCGAGUGUUAGCUAUGCGUGUUACCAUGCUGAUUGCACCAGCCUUGGUUAUGGGACGUCUUGUUCGGGGUUAGACGCUCGGUCGAAUAUCUCGUAUGCGUUUAACAGUUAUUACCAGAGGAGCAAUCAGGCAGAGGAUGCCUGCAAGUUUUCAGGGUUGUCAACAGUGACCAAUAGUGAUCCAAGCUUUGGGAGUUGUAGGUUUGACAUAAUGAUAGAGGAUAUGGGAGGGGCAGAAGGAAGGUCAGGGUGCUGUUUCAAAAGGCUUUUGGCGUUGGUUUCUGGGUAUGUUCUUAUUUUAUUGACAAUUCUGUGAAUGUUUAAGGUAAUUUAUUUGUAUGUCUUUGUCUCCUUUUUCUGUUUAAGGUGUAGAAUUGAAUCAGUAAUUAUAUUAAUUUAGAUUUUAAAUUUUAAAUUUUUA